AUGGCCCAGCUAACUCCAAUAACGGUCCGGAUAGUCAGCCGCUCCUGGAUAAAAGAGAAUCCAGACAAUGUUAACACAAACAACCACAAGUACUGCGAAAUUCCAGCCCAGCUUCAGGCCAUGGAGCAAGCUCUGGACCAGUCUGAAUAUUACCGACGCCUCACCGAAACCGGGUACGAUUUGUGGAAGCCUAUUUUGCAAAGAAUGCAACGUGAAGCCAAGGAAAUGCAGGAACCAACAUCCCCUUGCAAUGAGGGAUACGAAAUCAUCUUAACACCGAGUCUAUGUCGGUUACUGAAAUCAGCAGCGGAUGGAGGGCUACUCAUGGGAAGAAUUCCAAGGAGCUUAGAAGAAGACCUCGAAGAACAGGUCCUUCCUCUCCUAGUUCCAUGCUUCGGACGACAAUCUAGUUCUAGCUCAGGUCCCAAAUAUUUUGUGCGCCUAAACAGUUGCUCCCCGAAAGACGGAAUGGGAGAACAUGGCCCCUUUGAGGAAGCGUGGCCAAUACUCCUCUCGCUCUGCACCUCGGAAAGGGUUCAAAAAGCUCUACGGGAUUUAUUAGAACAUGGAAUUCGCGGUGAUAACGAAAACUCAAGAAAUUUAAAGCUGGAUACCUACGAAAUCCUUCACCUGAAUCCCUGGAGAGACGAAAUAUCAACCUUAAACGAAUUUAGGAUAUUUGUUCCCCCGAACGGAAAAGUCAGAGCUAUAAGCCAGUAUUCCGUCAGGAGUGGUGGAUGGGCGAAUGAUUCCAACAACAAGUACGAAAAGAUCAAGAGUUUGGUCCCGUGCAUGAUAGAAUGCAACACAAAAUUUAGGGCACUAGUUCGAGACGCCGGGAAGGAAUUACCCAAAGGGGGUUAUGUCCUUGACGUGCAUGUUCGACUUCUGUCCCAGGGAGCAGGAAAUUCGGCAGCACAAAAGAGAUUCGGGUGGUCGGUAGAGCCAAUCGAAAUCAACCCAUUCGGUGCCCAACUUGCGAGCGGCAGCGGCAUCUUUCAAUGGCUGACAGAUUGGGAAUGCAUGUAUGGAUUGUCAAACGAUAUCGUCGUCGCACUUGUGUAUGAUAGAAAAUAUGAAGAUGAAUAG